AUGGGUGCAUCUAUCGAUGUCCGCCCGAACGGUGUACGAGACGCCAGGGAAAGCGAUGAACCUUCGAACUCUAAGGACAACUCAAGCGAGUCUUCGAGCUUCCGGGACUUUAUGAGAGUCUUUACAUUCGGCCAAACGACAGACUACGCUCUCGAAUCUAUCGCCAUCAUCGCCGCCAUCGCCUCCGGCAUCUCGCUAGCCAUAGUAAACCUUGUUGUCGGCCAGUUCAUUUCACUGUUGAGCGACUCUCAUACAUCUCAGCCCAAUGGUUUCAUGUCCGCCGUUCAGAGAACCGCCCUCUACCUUGUCUACAUCGGCAUUGCGCGAUUCACAUGUACCUACAUAUAUGCCUCCCUGUUCACGUUUGUCGGCCAACGUCUGACUCGCAAUAUUCGACACGAGUACCUCCGCGCCGCCUUCAGUCAGGAAAUUGGUUUCUUCGACCAGGUCCAAGGAUCUAUCUCCAUGCAAGCUACAUCCAACGGUAAAUUGAUACAAGUCGGGAUCGGCGAGAAGCUCGGCAUGCUUGUACAAGCCAUGGCCACCUUCAUAGCUGCCUUUGUGAUUGCCUUUAUCAGCCAGUGGAAGCUCACCUUGAUCAUCAUCGGCAUGGUACCUGUACUGCUGAUCGUCGUUGGAGGCGUUGCAGGCUUGGAUGCGCAGAUUGAAUCUGAUAUUCUCAAAAUCCAUGCCGAGGCAGGGAGCUAUGCCGAGACAACCCUGGCAGGGGUUCGCACCGUCCACGCUUUUGAUCUUCGGGGGAGGGUGGUUAGUCAAUACGAUUCUUUUCUCGAAAGCUCAUUCCGCCUCGGUAUGAAGAAGAAUAGAAUCUAUGGCGUCCUCUUCGGUGGCGAGUAUUUCAUCGUCCAUGCCGCUAUGGGGCUGGCGUUUUGGCAGGGUAUAGCGAUGGUCAACCGCGGAGAAGUUCCUGACCUUGGCACCGUUUUCACUGUUCUCUUUUCAGUCAUCAUCGGUGCGAGUACAGUCAUGUCUAUCGCACCGCAGAUGGUCAUGUUUGGCCGCGCUGCGACAGCGGCGACUGAACUCUUCAGGUUGAUUGACAGGCAGUCGGAAAUUGAUCCCUUCGAUGACUCGGGCGAAAGGCCUGACAGUCUUGUCGGUGACGUCGAGCUCCAAGACGUUUCCUUCAGGUAUCCUACGAGGCCAGAUGUCACCGUCCUUGAUAAGUUGAGUCUACAUGUUCCGGCAGGCAAGGUCACAGCCUUGGUUGGAACCAGCGGGUCAGGAAAAAGCACCGUCAUUGGCCUUUUGGAGCGCUGGUAUGACCCAACGGCUGGUACCAUCAGACUGGAUGGCAAAGAUGUCAAGGACUUGAACUUGCACUGGCUCCGUACUAACGUCCGUCUUGUACAACAGGAGCCCGUUCUCUUCAAUGGCACAGUUUUUGAGAAUAUCGCGGACGGUCUCGUCGGAACACCAUGGGAGACAGCCUCGCACGAUGAGCAACGACAACGCGUUGAGGAUGCUGCUAAGCUCUCUUUUGCCCAUGACUUCAUCGUCGGCCUGUCACACGGUUAUGACACCAGAAUCGGAGAAAGAGGUGGCCUGCUCUCAGGUGGGCAGAAGCAGCGUGUUGCCAUCGCACGCAGUCUCGUAUCUGACCCGCAGGUGUUACUACUCGACGAAGCAACCAGUGCACUCGACCCUCACGCCGAAGGCAUUGUUCAGAAAGCCCUGAAUAGAGCGUCUCAGAACCGGACAACUAUCGUCAUCGCCCAUAAGUUGGCCACCAUUCAGAACGCUGACCAGAUUGUCGUCAUUUCUUCGGGCCACGUGGUUGAGAAGGGUAGUCACGAUGAUCUACUCGAACUGAAAGGAGUGUAUUACAACCUCGUCAAGGCUCAAGAUCUAUCUCCAACCGAGACCCUACAGACCCCAGAGCGCUUCUCAGAGAAAGAACCAGCCCCAAACAGCACGCAUACGCUUGAUCUCCCACUAGCCAAGAUCAAAACAGUCGAUGAGACCACCCUAGUAUCACUAAAGGAUCGACAAGACUUUGACACAUUCCAACAGCGUGGACUACUCGGUACCGUUAUGAGGCUUGUCGGCUGCACCCCGGAACUCAAGUUCUGGUACCUACUUACAGUCAUCUCUUGCAUCAUUGGAGCUGCCCUUUUCCCUGCACAGGCCCUGCUUCUUGGCAACGUCCUCGACGUCUUCUCGUCCCCAGACAUGGUAUCACGAGGCAACUUCAUCUCUCUCAUGUUUCUUGUCAUUGCAAUCGGGUGCCUCAUCGGCUAUUUCUUGUUGGGAUGGUCUAGCAACAUGAUUGCACAGACCCUCGGGAGGAAGAUCCGAAAAGAGCUCUUAGAUUCCAUCCUUCGCCAGGACCUGCAGUUUUUCGACCGUUCUGAGAACACCAUUGGUGCUUUAACAAGUCGACUUUACUCAUACCCUCAAGCUGUCUUCGAGUUUAUGGGUUUCAACGUAGCACUCCUGCUCCUCGCCAUCAUUAACUUGACCGCCUGUAGCAUCCUGGCCAUCGUUGUCGCCUGGCGACUUGGCUUAGUUGGUGUUUUUGUCGGACUUCCUCCUAUGCUUUUAGCUGGGUGGGUGCGCAUAUGGCUCGAGUUGAGAAUGGAAAAUAUCAUAGACAGGUCAUCUUUGCAGAGCUCGUCAGUGGCGUCUGAAGCAGUCAUGGCGAUACGCACCGUCUCCUCUUUGGCGCUAGAGCGACGGGUGCUAGAUAAGUAUACACGAGAGCUGGACAUGGCUAUCCGGAACUCAGUCCCGUCCUUAUUUCAUAUGAUGGUUUGGUUCUCGCUUACCCAGGCAAUUGAAUACUUCGUCCUUGCAUUGGGCUUUUGGUGGGGAUCGAAGCUCAUCAAUGACGGCCAUAUCAACUUCUAUCAAUUCAUCGUCUCUUUUAUGGGAGUCUACUUCUCUGGACAGGCGGCAAGCCAGCUGUUUGUCUUUGCGGGCAAUUUCACCAAGGGUCACAUGGCCGCCAACUACUAUUUCUGGAUAUCUGCUCUCGAGCCAACAAUUCAGGAAACAGCCGACAACAGAGACAAGGGGCCAAAGGAUGGUUGCAAGUCUGUCAAGCUCAGUGAUGUUCAGUUUUCCUACCCUCUAGCACCACACAAUCAGGUGCUCAAGGGAGUUUCUCUAAAUAUUCAGUCUGGCGAGUUCGUCGCUUUUGUUGGACAAUCCGGAUGUGGCAAGAGCACAAUGAUCUCGCUAUUAGAGCGUUUCUACGACCCGACCACCGGAAGAAUCACUAUCGAUUCAUCUCCUCUCGACUCGAUCAACCCUCGUCUAUACCGCAAACAUAUUGCUCUCGUGCAGCAGGAACCGACAUUGUUUCCAGGCACUAUCCGCGACAACAUCUCACAGGGCAUCGUUACUACGGCGGCUGAUACAGAGAUUGAGGAGGCUUGCCGUUCUGCCAAUGCCUGGGAUUUCAUCUCCUCACUCCCCGAGGGCCUUAAUACUCGUUGCGGAAUGGGCGGCAACCAGCUCUCCGGUGGUCAGCGGCAGAGAAUUGCAAUCGCGCGCGCUUUGAUCAGGAAGCCUGCAGUGAUACUGUUAGACGAAGCAACAAGCGCACUCGAUACUGAGUCUGAACGUGUGGUCCAAGCAGCCUUAUUAGACGCAGCAACAACGGGUAAUAGAAUCACCGUAGCUGUUGCCCACCGCCUUUCCACCAUUAGGGAAGCAAGCCGCAUUUUCGUUUUCCACGAAGGACUGAUUGUUGAGAGUGGGGGUCAUGAAGACCUUGUUAAGCAAGGUGGAACAUAUGCCAAGAUGUGCGAAGCACAGAAGCUGGAUCAAGGAAUGUGA